GACAGGUGCUUCCUCAGAAGCCAGCAGUUCGGUACUUGCUACCGAGCUCUAGUGAAGAUGAGCAAUGGCAGCUGGUUACGAAUACCACUAUGGAUACCACUAUUGGUGAUUGCCUUUACACAUAACAAAGUCCAUGCCCAGUUUUCACAAGAGGAGCAAAAAACGGAAUAUGAUGAUCUGUCUAUCCAGCAGCGACAAGACAAUUUUUCUGCUUCAGUUACCAGACCCCCAGAAGUGACUAUCAUCCCACCAUUGGGAAAGACACUGGCAGUAAAGUCUGGCAACCCAGCUCACACUGGCCGAGUAUGCAGUACCUGGGGAAACUUCCACUUCAAGACCUUUGAUGGAGACAUCUUCCAGUUCCCUGGGCUCUGCAACUAUAUCUUUGCAUCAAACUGUAAAGCCAGCUAUGAGGACUUCAACAUCCAGAUCAGACGCUCCGUAAUAGAAAACACCACCCUCAUUAGCCAUGUCAGCCUGAAGCUGGAUGGAGUGGCCAUAGAACUGACCAGGAACACCACAGUGGUUAAUGGCAACCCGGUGCAGCUGCCUUUCAGCCAGUCAGGAAUCCUGAUGCAGAGAAGUAACAUGUACUUGAAAAUCUCGGCCAAGUUGGGCCUGGAGUUCAUGUGGAAUGAAGAGGAUGCACUCCUGGUGGAACUGCAUGAGAAAUAUGCUAAUCAGACCUGUGGGCUUUGCGGGGACUUCAAUGGGAUUUCAACCUACAAUGAGUUUGUGUCCAACAAUAUUGAGCUGACCCCUUUACAGUUUGGGAAUUUGCAGAAGCUGGAUGGACCCACAGAGCAAUGCGAGGAUCCAGUACCUUUUGAAACUCCUGCAAACUGCACAAGUGAAUUUAAUGCUAUAUGCCAAGCAGUACUGACAGGUGAAGCCUUUGUAAGCUGUAAUGAACUAGUUAACGUUCAAGAGUAUAUCAGCUCCUGCAUACAAGACUUGUGCCACUGUGACAAUCUAAUGGCUGAAUCCUGCAUGUGUAACACCUUUGCUGAAUACUCCCGGCAAUGUGCCCAUGCUGGUGGGGAACCUCUGAAUUGGAGAACUGCAGGACUCUGCACCAAAUCAUGCCCUUUCAACAUGCAGUACCAGGAGUGUGGCUCCCCCUGUCCAGACACCUGCACCAACCCUGAAAGAUCUCAGCUCUGUGAAGACCACUGUACAGAUGCCUGUCUUUGUCCUCCAGGAACUGUGUAUGAUGAUAUUAACAACAGUGGAUGUAUCCCCCUCGAACAAUGCUACUGCACCUACAAAGGUGAAACAUAUGCUCCAGGGGCCAAAUUUACAUCCACAUGCACUUCCUGCACAUGUACUGAAGGCCAGUGGGUUUGUGUCAGCCUUUCAUGCCCUGGGACAUGUAGUAUUGAAGGAGGGUCCCACAUCUCCACAUUUGAUGAGAAACGUUUCACUUUCUUUGGAGACUGUAACUAUGUACUGACAAAGCUUUGUGACAGUAAUGACUUCACUGUCCUGGGAGAAAUCCGUAAAUGUGGCCUAACUGACACUGAGACAUGCUUGAAAGGGGUAACCAUAAGUGUUGGUGGAGGACAAAAUAUCAUUGCAAUCAAAUCUUCUGGCAGUGUCUUUGUGAACACGAUCUACACCCAGGUGCCCUUCUCUGCAGCCAAUUGCACCAUCUUCAAGCCGUCAUCAUUUUACAUGAUUGUACAUACAAACUAUGGUCUUCAACUAAAGAUCCAGCUUGUACCCAUCAUGCAACUGUAUAUAAAUGUGGAACCAGCCCACAAAGGGCUGACAUGUGGUCUCUGUGGAAAUUUCAACAAUAUACAGGCAGAUGACUUCAAAGCCGCAAGUGGUGUAAUUGAAGGAACAUCAGCUGCUUUUGCCAACACCUGGAAAACCCAGGCAGAUUGUCCUAAUGUCAAAAACAACUUUGAGAACCCCUGCACUCUCAGCAUAGAAAAUGAACAAUAUGCUCAGCACUGGUGUGGAUUGCUUACUGCCACCACUGGAUCCUUUGCCAAGUGCCACUCAACAGUGAAUCCAGAUGCUUACUAUGUGAACUGUAUGUUUGACAGCUGUAACUGUGAGAACAGUGAGGACUGCAUGUGUGCGGCCCUCUCAACCUACGUCAAAGCCUGUGCUACCAAGGGAAUCCAGCUGAUCGGUUGGAGGGCUGGUGUCUGUACAAAAUACACAACCACGUGUCCCAAAACCCUGACAUACAGCUACACUGUUGAUUCCUGUGAACCCACUUGUCGGUCUCUGAGUGAGCCAGAUAUCACAUGCAACAUCCAGUUUGUUCCAGUUGAUGGCUGUACCUGUGAAAAGGGAACCUACAUGGAUGAAAGUGGCAAAUGUGUGCCUCCUUCUAGCUGCCCUUGUUACUACAAAGGAUCUAUUGUAUCUUCUGGAGAAGUUGUUCAUGACAAUGGUGUUGUCUGCUCUUGCACACGUGGCAAACUGAACUGUAUUGGAGCCAAACCAGCACCAGCAUGUAAAUCUCCAAUGGUCUACUUUAACUGCACCAACACCACUGCAGGUGUAACUGGAGCUGAGUGCCAGAAGAGCUGUCAGACUCUUGAUAUGGGAUGCUACAGCACACAAUGUCUCUCUGGCUGCAUUUGUCCUGGCAAUCUAGUGGCAGAUGGGCAAGGUGCCUGCAUACCUGCAGAAGAGUGUCCAUGUGUUCACAAUGAGAACUCCUACAAACCAGGGGAAACAAUCAAAGUUGGCUGUAACACUUGCACAUGUAAAAACAGACAGUGGCAAUGCACCAAUGAAUCUUGUCUGGCAACCUGCACUGUUUAUGGAGAUGGGCAUUACAUCACUUUUGACAGCAAACGCUACAGCUUCAGUGGAGAUUGUGAAUACACACUGGUCCAGAACUACUGUGGUAUGAACAACAGCAGCCAGGGAGGAACGUUCCGAGUUAUCACUGAGAACAUCCCCUGUGGUACCACUGGAACCACUUGCUCAAAGUCCAUUAAAGUUUUUCUGAGGAACUAUGAACUGAUACUCAGUGAUGGGAACUUUGAAGUGAUACAGAGGGUCCCUGGAGGGGAAAUGCCAUUCACAAUCCGCUCCAUGGGUCUCUACCUGGUGAUUGACACUGAUGCUGGGCUAAUAGUCAUGUGGGAUAAGAAAACCAGUGUAUUUAUUAAACUCAGCCCUAAUUUUAAGGGUCAGGUUUGUGGCCUGUGCGGAAACUUUGAUGGAAAUGGCAUCAAUGACUUUACCACUAGGAGUCAGUCUGUGGUAGGAGAUGUGAUAGAGUUUGGAAACAGCUGGAAAGUGUCUCCUUCUUGUCCAGAUACCAAAGGGAGCAAGAAUCCUUGCACCACAAACCCUUACAGAGCUUCCUGGGCAAAAAAACAGUGCAGCAUCAUCACCAGCGCAGCAUUUGCAAACUGCCACUCUCAGAUUGAACCAAAUGAAUAUUAUGAGGCAUGUGUGACGGACGCUUGUGCAUGUGACACUGGGGGAGAUUGUGAAUGUUUCUGUACAGCAGUAGCUGCAUAUGCUCAAAAAUGUAAUGAGGCUGGCAUCUGCGUUUCAUGGAGAACCCCAUCCAUUUGUCCUGUCUUCUGUGAUUACUACAACCCAAAAGAGGAAUGUGAGUGGCACUACAAGUCAUGUGGGGCCCCAUGUAUAAAGACCUGCAGGAACAAAAGUGGAAACUGCAGUCAUGAACUACGAGGCCUGGAAGGCUGCUACCCAAACUGUCCAGAUGAUAAACCCUAUUUUAAUGAAGAAAAUAUGAAGUGUGUUGAAACCUGCGGCUGUUAUGACAAUAAUAGAAAAUAUUACCCACCAGGAUCAAAUAUUACUUCAAAAGAAAACUGUUAUUCAUGUGAAUGCACACUUGACGGCAAAAUCAAUUGCAAGCACGAUGAACACGCCUGCAAUUGCACAUAUGAUGGAAAGACUUAUCCAUAUCAUGCUGUCAUCUACAACACUACAGAUGGUAUUGGUGCAUGUAUUCUUGCAACCUGUGGCCCGAAUGGAACAAUCAACAGAACUGUCUAUGAAUGUCCUGUAACCACAACACCAUUUGUAUUUACCUCUUCAACACCUAUAACUACCACUACAGUACCAUCAACUAUACCACUAUGUGUUCAUGAAGUAUGUAAAUGGUCACAGUGGUAUGAUGUGCAUUAUCCAGGCAAUGGGGAAAAUGAGGAAGACUUUGAUACAUUUGAUAACUUAAGAGCUGAAGGUUACAAAAUCUGCAAAGCUCCAAAGGCUGUUGAAUGCAGAGCAAAAGACUAUCCAACCACACCGUUAAAUGAACUUGGGCAAAAAGUAGAAUGCAAUACAACAGCAGGUCUUAUAUGUUAUAACAAGGACCAAAAUCCAAUGAAGUGUCACAAUUAUCAGAUCAAAAUCUACUGCUGUACUUUUGUACCAUGUGGAUACACAACUACAACUAGCAUAAAGUCAACUGAAACAGCAACUACUGUCACAGAAACUAUCCCUCCAGAAACCACUACAACUUUUGUACAUUCCACAGAUACACCACAACCUACCUCCACAAAAUAUAAAACAACUACCCUAUCAACGAGUACCAUGACAACCACAACUCUUUCAACAACUUCAGUCCCAGAAACAACCACCAUGACAAGCUCCAUUCUACCAACCACAAGUGCAAAACCUAUAACCACUAUUUCUUCAACAACUGCUGCUUGCACAAAGGAAAUCUGUAAAUGGUCACAGUGGUAUAACAUAUAUUACCCAAAACAAGGAAUCAACGGUGGAGACUUAGAAACAUUUAAAAAUAUAAGAGAAAAAGGAUAUUCUGUUUGUGAAACACCAAAGAAUGUUAAAUGCAGAGCAGUAAGGUUCCCCAAUACUAGUUUGAAAGAUUUAAACCAAAAUGUUACAUGCACCAAAACUGAAGGCUUGAUAUGCUAUAACAGAGAUCAAUUCCCACACAUAUGCUUAGACUAUGAAAUACAAAUUGAGUGCUGCAAAAAUGAAACGACACAAUGCCCAACAACUCUAACAACAAAACCAGUUGUAAUACAUACACGGACAACAACAGUUCCCACAAAACAUCAGCUUACUCAAAAACAAACAACCAAAACCAGUACAACCAUGGAAACCAGCACAAAGAUCAUUGUAACAACGCAUGCCACAACCCCGGGAACCACAACACACAAGACACCACCACCUACGAUAGAAACCAGCACACCCUUAAAAACUGUGCCCCCCGUAACAACAACAUCUAAAACAGCAUCAGCACCUACCAACCUACCCACCAGAGCAACACUAACCACCACCCAGGCGGCCACAACAAGCAGCACACCGACUCCGACCACACUAAUCAGCACCACCACUGUCACUGUUCCAACCAGAACCAGAGCCACAGAAACAUCCCCACCACCUACAACCACAGAAACCAGCACAGAGGUCAUCUCAACCACGCAUCGCACAACCGUGGUCACUACACCCCUCACGACGCCACCUCGUACGACAGAAACCAGCACACCCGUAACUACGGUGCCCCCUCCAACAACAACUUCUCAAAGCCCCUCCACAACUACGACCCUGCCAACCAGCACAAAGACUACAAUUUCCACCCAAAGCACAACGCAGACUCUCCCGCACACCUCCACAACUGUCACAACUGCCACCCAGACCACCACCCACUUGUCUACACUCUCCACCCACUCGAAAACAACUCCAACUACUACAACCCAAGCACCCAGCACGAGCACAAAGGGCACCACAGGCUCUCCAUCCACCGUAGUGCCCGCAACACUGGCCCCAAGCACCACAACCACUACAGCAACUACCGCUUGUGAGCCGGUAUGCACGUGGAGCAAAUGGCUUGAUGUUGAUUUCCCCAACUCAGGACCAUCAGAUGGAGACAUAGAAACCUACCACAACAUUAGAGCAGCAGGAGGGAAGAUCUGUGGACAGCCUACACACAUUGAGUGCCGUGCUGAGAACUUUCCUAAUAUAAGCAUCCACAAUGUCGGUCAGAAAGUGAGUUGUGACAUCAAUUUUGGGCUCGUGUGCAAAAAUAAGGAGCAAGUCGGGAAGUUCGAGAUAUGCUUCAACUACCAGGUACGUGUCAGGUGCUGCACACCAAACCCCAUCUGCUCAAGUCCAACCACCACCCCGGCGACCACAACAGCCAGCACACCGCAUCCGACCACACUAAUUAGUACCACCACUGUCACUGUGCCAACUAGAACCAGAGCCAAAAAAACAUCCCCACCACCUACAACCACAGAAACCAGCACAGAAGUCAUGUCAACCACGCAUCGCACAACCGUGGUCACUACACCACUCACGAUGCCACCUCCUACGACAGAAACCAGCACACCCGUAACUACGGUGCCCCCUCCAACAACAACUUCUCAAAGCCCCUCCACAACUACGACCCUGCCAACCAGCACAAAGACCACUAUUUCCACCCAGAGCACAACGCAGACUCUCCCGCACACCUCCACAACUGUCACAACUGCCACCCAGUCCACCACCCAUUUGUCUACAAUCCCCACCCACUCCAAAACGACUCCAACCACUACAACUCAAGCACCCAGCACGAGCACAAAGGGCACCACAGGCUCUCCAUCCACCGUAGGGACCUCAACACUGGCCCCAAGCACUCCAACCGCUACAUCAACUACCGCUUGUGAGCCGGUAUGCACGUGGAGCAAAUGGCUUGAUGUUGAUUUCCCCACCUCAGGACCAUCAGAUGGAGACAUUGAAACCUACCACAACAUUAGGGCAGCAGGAGAGAAGAUCUGUGGACAGCCUACACACAUUGAGUGCCGUGCUGAGAACUUUCCUAAUAUAAGCAUCCACAAUGUCGGUCAGAAAGUGAGUUGUGACAUCAAUUUUGGGCUCGUGUGCAAAAAUGAGGAGCAAGUCGGGAAGUUCGAGAUAUGCUUCAACUACCAGGUACGUGUCAGGUGCUGCACACCAAACCCCAUCUGCUCAAGUACACCCACCACCCCGUCGACCACUUCAGGCAGCACACCGCCUCCAACUACACUAAUCAGCACCACCACUGUCACUGUGCCAACCAAAACCAGAGCCACAGAAACAUCCUCACCACCUACAACAACUGUCACAACUGCCACCCAGUCCACCACCCAUUUGUCUACAAUCCCCACCCACUCCAAAACGACUCCAACCACUACAACUCAAGCACCCAGCACGAGCACAAAGGGCACCACAGGCUCUCCAUCCACCGUAGGGACCUCAACACUGGCCCCAAGCACUACAACCGCUACAUCAACUACCGCUUGUGAGCCGGUAUGCACGUGGAGCAAAUGGCUUGAUGUUGAUUUCCCCACCUCAGGACCAUCAGAUGGAGACAUUGAAACCUACCACAACAUUAGGGCAGCAGGAGAGAAGAUCUGUGGACAGCCUACACACAUUGAGUGCCGUGCUGAGAACUUUCCUAAUAUAAGCAUCCACAAUGUCGGUCAGAAAGUGAGUUGUGACAUCAAUUUUGGGCUCGUGUGCAAAAAUGAGGAGCAAGUCGGGAAGUUCGAGAUAUGCUUCAACUACCAGGUACGUGUCAGGUGCUGCACACCAAACCCCAUCUGCUCAAGUACACCCACCACCCCGUCGACCACUUCAGGCAGCACACCGCCUCCAACUACACUAAUCAGCACCACCACUGUCACUGUGCCAACCAAAACCAGAGCCACAGAAACAUCCUCACCACCUACAAGCACAGAAACCAGCACAGAGUUCAUCUCAACCACGCAUCGCACAACUGCGGUCACUACACCCGUCACGACGCCACCUCGUACGACAGAAACCAGCACACCCGUAACUACGGUGCCCCCUCCAACAACGACCUCUCAAAGCCCCUCCACAACUACCACUCUGCCAACCAGCACAAACACCACUAUUUCCACCCAGAGCACAACGCAGACUCUCCCGCACACAUCCACAACUGUCACAACUGCCACCCAGUCCACCAUCCAUUUGUCUACACACCCUACCCACUCCAAAACAACUCCAACCACUACAACCCAAUCACCCAGCACGAGCACAAAGGGCACCACAGCCUCUCCAUCCACCGUAGUGCCUUCAACACCGGCCCCAAGCACCACAACCACUACUGCAACUACCGCUUGUGAGCAGGUAUGCACGUGGAGCAAAUGGUUUGAUGUUGAUUCCCCGUACUCGGGAGCAGGAGAGGGGGACAUUGAAACCUACCAGAACAUUAGGGCAGCAGGAGAAAAGAUCUGUGCACAGCCUGCAGACAUUGAGUGCCGAGCUGAAAACCAACAGGACAUAAGCAUCAACCAAGUUGAACAAGUCGUGCUGUGUGACGUGCACUUCGGGCUGGUGUGCAAGAACAAGGACCAAACCGGAAAAUUCAACAUGUGCUAUAACUACCAGAUACGUGUCUUCUGCUUAGGCGGGCCAACCCCCAACUGCACAAGUCCAACCACCACCCCAGUGACCACAACAGGCAGCACUCCACCUCCGACCACACUAAUCAGCACCACCACUGUCACUGUGCCAACCAGGACCAGAGCCACAGAAACAUCCUCGCCACCUACAAGCACAGAAACCAGCACAGAGGUCAGCUCAACCACGCAUCACACAACCGUGGUCACUACGCCCCUCACGACACCACCGCCUAUGACAGAAACCAGCACACCCGUAACUACGGUGCCCCCUCCAACAACGACCUCUGAAACCCCCUCCACAACUACCACCCUGCCAACCAGCACAAAGACCACUAUUUCCACCCAGAGCACAACACGCACUCUUCCGCACACAUCCACAACUGUCACAACUGCCACCCAGUCCACCACCCAUUUGUCUACACACCCUACCCACUCCAAAACGACUCCAACCACUACACCUCAAGCACCCAGCACGAGCACAAAGGGCACCAGAGCCUCUCCAUCCACCGUGAGGCCCUCAACCCCGUCCCCAAGCACUGCAACCACUACAUCAACUAGUACAGCUACUACUGCUUGUGAGCCAAUAUGCACGUGGGGCAAAUGGCUUGAUGUUGAUUUCCCCUCCACAGAACCGGGAGAUGGAGACUGGGAAACCUUUCACAACAUUAGGGCAGCGGGAGUUUCUAUUUGUGGACAGCCUGCAGACAUUGAAUGCCGGGCAGAAAACUUUCCUAAUAUUAGUAUUCAGAACAUUGGUCAAGUCGUGCGGUGUGAUGUCAGUUUUGGAUUUGUUUGCAAGAAUGAGGAACAGGUUGGGAAGUUCAGGAUAUGCUUCAACUACCAGGUUCGCAUUAUGUGCUGUGAGGAAAUCCCCAAGUGCCCAAGUACAACCACCAUCCCAGAGACCACAGCAGUUAGCACACCAUCAAUGUCUGUUAUUACUUCAAGAACAACAACACCCCGUGCUUGUCACUGCCAGGUCCGGGAAAGUCUUUAUCAACCUGGUGAAGUGAUUUACAACACCACAGACAGUGAUGGAUGUGUUUUUUAUGCCAUUUGUACUAGCAAUUGUUCGGUUUCUAGAUUCCAGGAACGGUGUAAUACAUCCACACCAGCAACAACAACACCGGCAACAACUAUUCUGCCAACAGUCACUGCAUCUACUAUUAUAACACCCCCUACAGGAUGCCAGAAGGUCAAGCCACACAGAAAGAAUGGUGAGACUUGGAAUCCGUCUAACUGCACAAUAGCGAAGUGUGAGAAUAACACGGUUGUUGUAGAAAACAAAUAUUGCCCUCCUGCAAGGGAAAUUACUUGUGCAAAUGGAUACCCACCAGUAUUGGUGACUGAUGAAACUGGCUGCUGUCACCACUACGAAUGUCAAUGUACAUGUAGUGGCUGGGGGGAUCCUCAUUACAUUACUUUUGAUGGAACCUAUUACACCUUCCUACAAAACUGCACAUAUGUCCUGGUGAAGCAGAUUAUACCUGUGUACGACAACUUCCGGGUUUACAUUGACAAUUAUUUCUGCGAUGCAAAAGCAGGACUUUCCUGUCCUAAAGCCAUUAUUAUUUUCUACAAGUCUGCAAAAAUAGUACUGACCCGUGAAGCUGGUAGCGGAGCACAGGCUAACAAGAUUUAUUUCAAUGGCGAACUUGUCGAACCAGGCUUGAACCAGGAUGGCAUUUUGAUUGCCAUGCGUGGUAUUCAAAUGAUUGCUGAAAUACCUGAGAUUGGAGCCAUCGUCACAUUUAAUGGAUAUGUCUUCUCCAUACAACUCCCAUACAGCAAAUUUGGCAACAACACUGAAGGACAGUGUGGCACAUGCACAAAUAAUAAAUCAGAUGAAUGCCGCUUGCCAGAUGGUCAGAUCAUUUCUUCUUGUCCCAAAAUGGCUUAUCACUGGAAAGUUUCUGACAAUCAAACUUGUUUGACACCACCACCUAUCAUUACAACACCUCCUCCUUUCUCGUGUGAACCUUCUUCACCCUGCAAGGUUAUUUUGAGCAAAGUUUUUGAAGAAUGUCAUAAAGUGAUCCCACCAGAACCUUUUUACAAGGGCUGUGUUUUUGAUGAAUGUCGCAUGAGGAAGCCCUCUAUACUGUGUUCAAGCUUGGAGCUGUAUGCUUUUUGGUGUGCCAGCAGAGGUGUUUGCAUUGACUGGAGAAAUGAAACCAAUGGCACAUGCCCAUUCACCUGUCCAGCGGGUACAGUGUAUAAGGCAUGUGGACCUCUUAAUCCUCAAACUUGUGACCCAAGGGAUAUUCAACUCAGCAGCAUUGGCCUAACUGAAGGAUGUUUCUGCCCUAAAGGAAAGACUUUCUUGAAUUCAGAUAGUAAAACAUGUGUCCCUGGAUGCAUUUGUGUGGCACCAGGUGGAGAGUCCAAAGCGCCUGGAACAACAUGGGAGAGUGAUUGCCAAGACUGUUUCUGUGACAACUCCACUGUUGAAGUGCACUGUGAACCACGCAAAUGUCCACAAGUCAGCAAAGUAUCUUGUGAUAAGGCAGGGUAUAUCCCUGUGAAAAUAUGGACAAAAGAUGAUAAAUGCUGUCCCAGUACCGAAUGUCGCUGCAACGUUAGCUUCUGCCCUGAAUCCAUAAAGACAUGUGAAGCGGGCUAUGAGUCACAUAUAGAGAUGCUAGAAGGAAGUUGCUGUUCUGUCCUUAGAUGCACGGUACCACCAGGCUGUCUACUCAAUGGAACUGUCUACCCACCUGGAAUGUCCUGGUACUUGCCUGGUAAUAACUGUACCUCCUAUGAAUGUAAAGAAAACAAUCAUCACUUCCUUGUUGUCACAAGAAAUAAAUCCUGCGCUGCCUUGAACCCUGAAGACUGUGGACCAGAGGGAGUCACAUUGUCUGCGGAUGGCUGCUGUAAAGUAUGCUCAACACUACCAAAAGGUUGCAAGCUACUGAACACCACUACCGUCAUCAGCCAGAGUGAAUGCACAGCUACUGUACCUAUUGAGCUAACAUACUGUGAAGGAAACUGCCCUGCUUCUUCAAUAUAUUCUGCUGAGGCGAACAUGAUGGAACAUAAAUGCAAGUGUUGUCAGGAAGUCAAGACCAGCAAAAAACAUGUGACCCUGCAGUGCCGUAAUGGAACCCACAUCGACUACUCGUACAUCCAUGUGGAUGAGUGCGGAUGUGUGGGCUCCCAGUGCAUCCCACAAAGCAGCCAUACCACCCCAGCACAGGUACAGGAACAGCAGCAACAGGAACAGAUCCAGCAGCAACAAUGGCAAGGCUAAAACCAAGCAACAGAUGAAAGAACCAAAGCCAGGAAGAGCAGAAUAUAGACUGAAAUAAAUCGUUUCUAAAGCAGCUAAAAUUUUGGACAUACAGAUAAAGUUCUCUCUAUAUAUGCUAAACAUUUCUGUUUCCUAAUUAUUUCAGCUUCCAUUAACAAUUCAUCUCAUUGCUCUGAGAAUCUUUUCCUUGCAACUUGAGAGGUUCUAAGAUAAGGAAAUCUUGAGGUUUGUUUUUUUCUGAGUGAUACUUUUCCUUUCAUGCAGUGAAAUCAAGUUAAAUUUUACUGCAACUAUUUUCACAGCUCUUACAGAAAAUCUUUGCCAUAAGCAGUAGUCUCUUCUUUUUGGCUUGAUUUUUCUUUACUGUGACUGUGCAAGUCCAAGCAUAAAAUAAACAUCACUGUAUAGUUAACGAAGUUUCACUAGCCACAGUCAUUACAGUGUGUUCCAUACCAACUUAAAAA